AUGGCUGGGGAAGAAGAAAAUGGGCAAGAUCGGUGCACACAAGAUGGGACUGUGGAUCUUAAAGGGAACCCUAUUCUUAGAUCCAAGAGAGGAGGGUGGACAGCUUGUUCUUUCGUUUUUGGCUCCUCCAAGUUACCACCACCAAGGGCGCCACCACUGCCGCCCCUCCCACCACCAACAACCACCAGAAAAGUGUUUAGUUCUCCCGACAUCCCGCUCCUAACCGUCGCCUUCAUCCUGUGUUUGAUGAUGGCAAUAUCGACGGAGUGGUUCCAGGCGGUGCGCUUUCUCAGAUUUGGCUGUGUUGGUGUUGGUGGUGUUGAUAGCGUGGAUGUGGCGGUGGUACUGUGGUUGUGGUGGCUGGUUGGUAGGGAUGCCAUGGUAAUGGAGACAUCGGUGAAGUGGUUUUAG